AUGGGCUCCCUGGGGCGCUGCCUGGCCCGGAGCCUCCCGCGGGGACAGCCGGGCCUGAGCCCCCCGCCCCGCUGCUACGGCUCCGCCCCCGCGGCGCUGCAGGAGCGGACGCUGCUGGUGGCCAAGCCGGACGCGCUGCAGCGGCGCCUGCUCGGGGACAUCAUCCAGCGCUUCGAGCGCCGCGGCUUCAAGCUGGUGGCCAUGAAGCUGCUCCAGGCGGACCGGAGGCUCGUGGAGCAGCACUACGAGCAGCUGCGGCUGAAGCCUUUCUACCCCGCGCUCGUCGCCUACAUGACCUCGGGGCCGGUGGUGGCCAUGGUGUGGGAGGGCUACAACGUGGUGCAGUGCACGCGGGCCAUGGUUGGGGACAGCAGCGCCGUGGGGACAAUCCGCGGGGACCUCAGCGUGCACAUCACCAGGAACGUGGUCCAUGCCAGCGACUCCACCGAGACGGCCCAGAGGGAGAUCGGCUUCUGGUUCCGGCGGGACGAGCUGGUGGCCUGGGACAGCAGGGACAGGGACAACAUCUACGGGCUCUAG